AUGCACAUCCUUCGCAUUCUCGCCCUCCAAUCACCGCUCGGAUCCAAUUCUAUGCCUGUAAUCAUCGCCUGGAGUAAUUUGGGAGGAUAUCAUGACAACACCACAGAUUCGCAACUCGCGCCGAAAUUUCUUCGCAUCAUUCAAACUGCUGUGCUGUUUACAAAACUUGGGUUGCGGCAAUUGCAAGAGCCGGGCACACGUUUUGGCAACCUUUUUGGGGAGCUCAGGAUCAUCAUCAUACCAGCUGGGUUUCCUUGCUCUUGGCUGAGUCCGCUGGCCCUGCGACAGCGGCCAUGGUGGCUAGGAAGGAUUUUUGAGAGCACUGCCAGCGAGUUAAGUAUAAAUGCGGUGCUUACGCUGUGUGCACGACGCUUCGAGCGUAAGUGGACCGGUCAUCUAUCAUCAUAUGUUCGCGAGGACCCUCCUGUUUGGGCUGUCAGGCUCCUGCUAGUAGUGCGACUACUCGCAAACAACUUUCUCUCGAACUUCAAAGGUGAUUGGAACACUGGAGCACACCGCAAUGGUGCUGUCUGGUGCUGUCUAACACAGCCCGAUGAUCGCGAUGUUACAGGGUACACGUUCCGUCCUGUUCCGUCCCACUCGAAGAUCAGACAAAUGCUCAAACCAAGUUGCACGCCCCUGGCGGUCUUCGUUGUUCCCUUUGGCGACUGGAACGUUCUUGAUACUGUACUACUUGGGCAAGACAGCGAUUGGCCUUAUCAAAGCACCAAGACAGAUAUUAGUAAAGUGCGUGUAGCCUCACCCUCGUCUGUAAGAUGCAUCCAGAAUCUGCAUUUUGCGGAGCGCUCAGGUUCGAGCUCUCAAUUCCCUAUCAGAUAUGGUCAAUUCUCAGGCUGUUUCUCACUUGACAAGUUGAUUGGCGCUAGCCUGUCAGAAGAACUACUGUUUGCGGGGGCUGGCCCGGCUGGGAGUCCGGGACUAUCAUCGCACACACGCCGACGGUUGAUUAUCUUGUUCAAACCAACUUGCUUGCAAGGUCACGUAAUUUCCGACUAG